GAUUUUAAGCGUUACAAAUUCAAUUUCUCAGAAAAGUCUUAACCUAUAAGUGUCGAAAUUUUGGUUUCUCUCUGAGAGUCGCUCGCAGUGCUGUGUGCUUCGUCCAUCCUAGCCAUUAGAUAUUGAAAUUGAGAUACUUGUAUAUUAGGUUUUAGUUAUGGCAACGGCGACAUACCCUCCACCGCCACCUUUUUACAGACUUUACAAAGAUUACAAGCAAGACCCUAAGUCUGCUCCUGAGCCUCCACCUCCUAUUGAAGGGACUUACGUUUGCUUUGGAGGCACUUACACUACUAGUGAUGUUCUGCCAAGCUUGGAAGAACAAGGGGUGCGCCAGCUGUAUUCCAAGGGGCCUAAUGUUGAUUUCAAGAAGGAGUUGAGAUCACUUAAUGGAGAGUUGCAAUUACACGUCUUGGAGCUUGCUGAUAUUCUUAUCGAGAGACCUUCACAGUAUGCAAGGAGAGUUGAAGAAAUUUCAACUAUAUUCAAGAACUUACAUCACCUUUUAAAUUCAUUGCGUCCUCAUCAGGCGAGAGCAACAUUGAUUCACAUUUUGGAACUUCAGAUACAGCGCCGUAAACAAGCAGUGGAGGACAUAAAGAGGAGGAGAGAAGAAGCUCGGAGGCUCCUUAACGAGUCUUUGGCGACACUUGAUGGUCAUUAGAGCAUACUCUAUCUUGUACUCAUAACAAGAAUCUACUAAGGAAUGAUUUAUGACUUAGAUUAAAACAAGUUAUGCUGCUUCCUUAUUAGUUGUCGCUGGACAUAACUGUCAAACCUUCUAAAUGAAGGCUGCUUUUGCCGCUUGUGUAGAGAUAGUAGAAAUAGGGAAAUCCUAACAAUGUAUUUUUAACGAUUUUUAUUAUUAGUUAAAAUUGAUUAGAAAUAACAAUUUUAUAAAUUUCACA